AUGGAACAAUCACGACAAAACGUUGCCCCGUUGAACAUUAUCAAGGGUAAAGCCCGUCCGCCAAUCCCUCAAUUAAACUUCUCGUCCAUCAACCGGACAUCGAGCACAAAACGAAAACACGAAGAACAUAUGACUCCACCACUGACGCCGCACGGCUCCAGAGAAAUCAUGUCGGAACGAAUCGACAAUGACCGCCCCAUCUUUCACAACUACCUUCGUGCAUUCUAUCCAUUUCACCCUUCUAGUAUCGUCUCGCCAUCCACAGUCACUCUUCCUCUCAACCAAGGCGAGAUCAUUCUCGUCCACUCCGUCCAUAUCAACGGCUGGGCUGAUGGAACGCUCCUGGAAACCGGCGAGCGAGGAUGGUUGCCUACGAAUUACUGCGAGGCAUAUGACCAUCUGCCGAUGCGCCCGCUCUUGAAAGCCCUGACGGAUUUCUGGGAUAUCAUCCGUGGAGGAUGUGGUACCUCGCUCCGAGAUUUUGGAAACCAGGACUUGAUGAGAGGUCUCAUUGCCGGUGUCCGAUUUCUAUUGGAAAAAUCAGAAUGCCUUACGCGAGACUCAACCCUGGUCCAACGAUACGACGGACUCCGCCGAAACCGCAAGGCUCUUCUCGCUGAUCUGUCGUCCCUGGUCAAGUCUGCCAAACGACUACAAGAAUUGGCUAACGGCAAUCCGCGUGAUGAGGAUGUGGAACAAGUACUGGAUGACAUGCUUCUCAAGUCCUUCAAGAUUGUGACCCGAGGCGUCAAGUUUCUCGAUGCGUGGAACGAACAUGUUGGCCUGACGAGAGCCAUUCUGGACCUGGAGCCCCCAGCUCUGGGCGACUACGACACACCCAUGCUCACACCGCCAACCGACACUUUCUCCAUCCAUGAUCGGACGGCCGAGUCAUCACCAGAACGAAGCUGGACUCGUCAGAAUGCAAGCCGAGCUUCGGCUCACAGAGACAUGUCGCCACACCCGCCCAGUAUGAUGGGGGGACAAGGGAAGCGGAUUUCAGUCUCCCACCGAGUUUCUUAUUCCGGGGGAGCUGUCAACAACAAGAAUCCUGACCUUGCUUCUGAACGACUGGUAUCGUCAUACGAUGCCUUUCUGGGAGUUCUCGGCUCUUUCAUCGGCCUGCACCUGCAGUCUCGCUCUUCAACUGAACUCAUCCUGACAACACAGCAAGCCGUUCAGUCGUGUCAUGUGUUGCUCGCUGUUGUUGAGUCGAUAUGGGCGCAUGAUAUGAGACGGUCCUUUGAUCUAGAACUGGCAAAAGACACAAUGUACGAGCUCCUCAACGAACUAGUCUCUGCUGCACGAGAAGCCUUUCGACCAAAUUCCUCGGAAGACGAAGUUGUCUUCAUGCCUGAUGAGGGGAAACGACUGGUCGAUGCCGCAACCGACUGUGUCCGUGGUGCUGGAAGUUGUCUCGCAAAGGCCCUGGGAGUGUUGGAGCAAAUUGGCGACUUCGAAAUGGAAUCUAUCCACAAUGAAUUGCCUCCAGAUUCAGACUUCUUGAAUAUGACACCUCAGCCGGCACCAGAAUAUAUGGACACUGUCCCCGAACUUCAACAACCAUCCCUGCGCCUCCUUCCACCACCCAUUACCAUUCCGGACAAUGAUCUAAGCCCGGCCACCCCUGCUCUCACCGACGGAACCACACCAUCCUCAAUGCUCUCGCGCACAGGCUUGCAUAGCCCUAAACUCAGUGUGGAUCUGACCCCAUCCACUCCCCUCUAUGCUGGUGGCGUAAGCCCAUCAGAUCAGACUUGCCAGGAUCACUGUAACCUGGAUGACUCCCAACACCUUUACCGCUACGAAACAAGAGGCACAACAAGCACCGGAAGCUCCUUUACCUACCAAAGUACUGUUCGUGACUCGGAAAUGAGCGGUGUUUCUCAAACCUCAACAAGGGCAACAUCCCCAGAUAUCAAUGGCCCUAACACUAUUACACCGUCCCUUAAAGGAAGUCACAGCUAUUCCACCUUGGCCGAGGAAAGUGACGACACUGAAGCGAAUAUUCUCGAGAAAACAUAUGCCCAUGAGCUCAUGUUCAAGGAAGGCCAAGUCGUCGGUGGCAGCAUUCGUGCCUUGAUCGAAAAGCUCACUGCCCAUCAAUCAGCCCCAGAUGCCUUGUUCGUAUCAACGUUCUAUCUCACUUUCCGUCUGUUUGCAUCUCCACUCGAGUUUGCGGAAGCUCUUGUUGAGCGAUAUGAUUACAUCGGAGACACCCCCCAUGUCGCAGGUCCAGUACGACUGCGUGUAUACAAUGUUUUCAAGGGGUGGCUUGAGUCUCACUGGCGACAUGACCGCGACAACGUUGCGCUUCCAUUUAUCACCGAUUUCUCGAAAAAUCAACUGAUGCAGACAUUGCCAAAUGCCGGGAAACGUCUUGUCGAGCUCACGGAAAAAGUGUCUACAUUGCACGGCCCUGUUGUACCCCGUCUUGUCUCCUCAAUGGGCAAGACAAACACAUCGAUAGCCCAAUAUAUCCCCCCAGACACACCGCUACCGGCUCCUAUCAUCGGUAAGAGCCAGAUCAGUCUUUUGAAACAGUGGAAGAGUGGCAGUGCCAGCAUUGGAAUCCUCGACUUUGACCCGCUGGAGUUGGCUAGACAGAUCACUAUCAAAGAAUCGAGAAUCUUCUGCUCUAUCCUGCCCGAAGAGCUGUUGGCCACGGAAUGGAUGAAGAAAUCUGGCUCGCUGGCAGUCAACGUGCGGGCCAUGUCUACACUUUCUACCGACCUGGCUAACCUUGUGGCCGACUCGAUUCUCCAAAUGGAAGAGCCCAAGAAAAGAGCUGCAGUCAUCAAACAAUGGGUGAAGAUUGCUAACAAAUGCCUUGAGCUGAACAACUACGACUCCUUGAUGGCUGUCAUCUGUUCAUUGAACUCAUCCACCAUUGUCCGCUUGAAGCGGACUUGGGAGCUAGUUUCCCAAAAGACCAAAACCAUUCUCGAGUCUCUCAAAGAAGUUGUCGACGUAUCGAGAAACUACGCCGUCCUUCGCCAGCGCCUUCAGAGCUGCGCUCCCCCUACCCUCCCCUUUGUCGGUGUUUACCUGACCGACCUGACCUUUGUCGACCACGGCAACCCUGCCGAGAGAAACCUACCAACAGAAGAUGGUGGCUUAGCCGUCAUCAACUACGACAAACACGUGAAGACAGCCAAGAUUAUUAGCGAGCUCCAACGCUUCCAGAUCCCGUACCGACUGACUGAAGUUCCUGAACUGCAAGCUUGGAUGCAAGACCAGCUUGUCCGCGUACGCUCGAAUGGCGAAAAGAGCUUCCAGAGCUACUACCGACGUUCCCUCGUGCUUGAGCCCAGAGAAGCGCCGCGAGGCGCUCCCGACUCCUCGGCCUCGAUCAACACUCGAGAACCCGUCAAGGACAAGUUUGAUUUUCUUUCAUGGGCUCAUAGCUCCAAAGCAAAAUCUAUCAUGACGACUAGCUAG